ACUAGGCAUAUCCAAACUCACAUAGGAGAGAAACCAUUUAAAUGUUCGCGGUGUAAUUACAGCUCUAAUUAUAAAGGUAACUUAGAUAAACACAUUAGAAUUCACUCUAAAGAGAAGGCAUACAAGUGUACCGUGUGUGAUUACAGAGGUAGAGGUAAGUCAGCUCUGAACAAACACGUCAGAACUCAUACAAGAGAGCACGCCUUUAAAUGUACCUUGUGUGAUUACAGUUGUAAUCGGAGAGAUUAUCUGAAGAACCACAUGAUAGCUCACAAAGGAGAAAAACCUUUCAAAUGCACCUGGUGUGAUUACAGGUGUAGUAAACGAGAUUAUCUAACUAAACAUGUCAGAACUCACACAGGACAGAAACAAUUUCUGUGUAGCCAUUGUGGUCACAGGUGUAGUGACAGACAUGCUCUAGAGGUGCAUACUAGAACUCACACAGGAGAGAAUCCCUUCAAAUGUGCCUGGUGUGAUUACAGAUGUUGUAGCAGGUCGUCCCUAACUCUCCACACCAGAUCUCACACACGAGAGAAACCCUAGAAAUGUGUUUUGUGUAAUAACAGUAUGAUUACAGAUGGAAGAUGCCCCUAACUACCCUGUCAGAAUUUACACUGAAGAGAAACCCUUCAAAUGCGCCUGUUUUGAUUACAGAUGUAAAAACAGGU